ACCAGGAGGAAAAAAAAAUCCCUAAAGCCGAUGGUCUCUCUGCGAUUACCCUAUCAGGUGCAAACCGCUGACAUGUUUCCACCCACCAACAACAAAAAAGCCUCUCUGUGCCCAAAUCUGCAGCCGCAGACGCGCAAACACCUCUGACAGGCAGGCAGGCAGCGCUGCGCUAUCACCAACCUCUCCAGGGAUCGGCGACGGUUUACUGUCCCAGCGACUUGUUUUUAAAUUUCAAUUUAACCUGGAUGAGUUUAUCUGCUUGACUUGUCUUUUGAGGACAACUUUAUUAUUAUUAUUUUAUUUUUUUAAACAUUUUUUUCUGUCUUUCAUUCUUGCAUUGUUAGAAUAAAAUGCGCCUUGCAAGGUGUAGAAAUCCCCCACAGGUACGGACCAAGAUGAAGAGCCUGUGAUCUCUGGAGGAGCAGAAGCUCAAAGGAUAUUUUUUUUAAAGUAAGGGGGAUUUCUGAGACGUCGCGGCUUGGCUCCAGUUUAAGGUGAACUUGUGUUUCUCCGAGGACCUGAUCUGAGAAGUUACUCUUUUGGGAUAGUUCCCCCAACAAGGAAGCACCCAAUGUUGCACUCCGCGCCUUCCCAGCUGCGCAUAUCUUUACACUGGGAUUCAGUCUCCUGCUUACCGCCGGAGCUGCGUGCGUAAAGAGACGCGCAGCGGAGCGAAAGCCCGAGACGGAGAAAGAGAAGGGGGCGAUCCCGCCAGCCUUUUGCCGGGGCUCCGAGUGUCUGGAAGCAGGUGUAUUUCAGCCCUCUCUCUGAAAGCCAAGAUGUCCGUGCUGCCUUCGAGGUUCCUCUACCUGUGUUUACACUUUCUGGUUCUCUACUUCCAGCUGCAGGAAUCACAGCAGAGCACUGCAGAUUUCAGGAUUUACAUUGAGAACCACACGAGGAACCCGGACGACCUGAGCCGAAAGCAGGUCCGGAUCUACCAGCUCUACAGCAGGACCACGGGCAAACACGUCCAGAUCUUGGGGAAGAAAAUCAACGCCAAUGGAGAUGAUGGGGGCAAGUAUGCCCUUCUUGUCGUUGAGACGGAAACCUUUGGGAGUCACAUCCGAAUAAAAGGAAAGGAAAGCGAACAUUACAUCUGCAUGAACGACAAGGGCAAAAUUGUCGGAAGGCCCGAUGGAAGGAGGCAAGAGUGCGUCUUUGUGGAGGAAUUCCUGGAGAACAACUACACAGCUCUCGUGUCGGCCAAGUACAAAGGAUGGUACCUCGGCUUCAACCGGAAGGGGCGGCCCAAGAAAGGCUCGCGCACCACGCAGAGGCAACAGGAAGUCCACUUCAUGAAGCGCCAGCCGAAGGGCCGAGUGGACCCGCUGGAGGAGUUCCGGUUCACCCCAGUAACUAAGCGGACGCGAAGGGCUCGGCGGUUAAAACCCAACUCCAAGAGGAACUGAGGGGACCGCUGGGACAGCACUAAAUAUCCUCACCGGGGGGAAACAGUAACUGAAAAAUCUCAAGCUUCUUAAAAGAACCGCCGUAAAGACUCCACCUCUGUAAAAGAAAGACGAACAAAACGAACAGAAAAGUCAAAGAUGUUAUAUUUUUGUAUUUCAGGAUGACUGAAUAUUUCCCGACUCUCGGAUUCUUCCUGGGUUGAUGUCAUUGCGCUAAUGUCUCUGUCGUGUUAUUUAUACUGGAUAAACUCAAGGACCUCUGAGAGAAACUCGUGUCGCCGCUGUCCUCAGCCGCGUUAGAACUGCAAGCCGAAGGCGUGCUUUCUUUUUUGACAAUGGGAGCUGAAGCAGGAGCUGACGCAAUGUUAUAAAAAUCAGCCAACUAGAGAUUUAUUGGAAUACCUGUCGGUUUUUGUUUGUGUUGCCACUGACAACGCGGAUCCCAUACUUUCCACUGGAAUUAGACACCAUGGAGAUGAAACGGAGAGGGGCGGCAGGUGACACCAUGCUGCCGGGAUAACUGUGUAGCUCUGAGUGCAAUAUUUUACAAGUCUCUUGUCCUCUACUUUCUUUCCAUAUGCCUUUCAUCCCUAAAAGUCGCUCGCGGCUCCUGGAAUGCGCCGAAACCUCGCGGUCCCCGCUGAGAUCUUCAUGACAUUUCCAUGCAGCCUGCGAUUCGGCUGAAAGGCGACGUGCUUUGACGAGUCCGACACCUGUUGUGAUUUUAGUCUUGUUUAAACACUGGAAGGAAACAGUACAAGCAGGAAAGAAAAAAAAAAGCGUAAUUCCACACGGUCUUCCAGCUUCAUCACACUUGGGGAAGGUUGAUAAUCCCUUUUGUCUGCUUCUUUCAGCUCUUUGUCACACGUGUUACAAAAACUGUUUCAAACACGGAUGCCUUUUAUUCCCAAACUGAGAGCUUGGCAGCCUUUUGGGGCUGACGAUGACUUCCUCUACCUCUUUUGUUUAUCUUUACCUAGACUGACUGUCCAUGUUCAGUUAAUCUCAACUUUGACCCUAAACUCAGCUCUUCUUUUUUCCCCCUCUCCCUCACUUGAAGAUGCUUUCAGUAAAAAAAAGCACAUCAAUCAUCCACAGACAGGUAAUCUGUGCAUUAUCCUCCACCAUUAAUUCAUACACCUUUAUAUGAUGAUUAAAACUACUUCUCAAAUACUCAGAUGACAGGAUUCAGGGAAUCCUGUCAUCAGUGGGAUUUUCUGCCUGAAUCCCAAAAAGGGAAAACUCUUCACUUCUCACUGACUACAAACUCCAGGGUUUUUCACCAGUAGUUUGUGUUUACCUGCCUCCUGACAGGUCUUUUUUUAUAUGAGUUGCUACUAACAACAUGACACAUUUAUGUUUUUUUAAAACAAAUCUAAGCAAAAAAUAAUUUUAUGACUAUUAUUAAGAUAUUUAUUGUCUCCUUUUGUAAAUAAAAUGUGAGUUUUAUUUGGCCUCUUUUAAUAAAACGAGGACUAUAUUUAAAAAAAAAAAAAAAGGUUUGUGUUUAUUGUAGAAAUACCUUCACGUGUCUCAGUUUGAGGUGAUUUUUUUGAAAAAUGUGCCCACCAAAUAUGAUGAAUGCUGCAGGUAGUAGGUUCAACAUAGCGUACAUUCCCUUCCCCGCAUACUGCCAAGGUAUGCAUUUUUAUAUACAAACUCAGGAGUGUGAAGACUACUUUUAAGGUCAUCGCUUUAAAAAGACCAAUUGCAACAUCGCUGAGGGAUUUUUUUUAUAUCAUCACAAAUGUCUUGAGAGAGUUUGCGAAUCUGGUGCUCUACCUGCUACACUGAGACGGUCGUAUCUGCAAAAGGCAUUAUUGGACAAGAGAGUAGCAU